AUGGAAGAUGUUGAGCUGACGCCUUCCAUUAUAUCCUCAGUACACGUUACCAAACGUUUCAAAGAUAAUCAGAAACCCAUUACCUCUCUCUGUUUCGACGAUUCCGGCGAAUUUUGCGUUACUUCCGGAGAAGACGAAAGUCUCAACGUUUACGAUUGCAGAGAAGCAAAAUUACGAUCGACGCUAUACAGCAAAAAGUAUGGUGUUAACUUGGCUCGAUUCACUCACAGCAAAAGCACAGUUGUGUAUGCUUCCACAAAAGAAGAUGAUACGCUUCGAUACCUGUCUUUGCACGAUAACAAGUACAUUCGCUAUUUUAGAGGACACAAAAAUAAGGUCGUGGCUUUAGAAAUGUCUCCGUUGGAUGAUCAGUUAAUGUCAGCCGCAUUAGACGACAGCAUUCGACUAUGGGAUCUACGCUCAUCAACGUGUCAGGGGAUGAUUCAAAUUAAAGGACGACCCACAAUUGCAUUUGAUCCUUCAGGCUUGGUAUUUGCUGUGGGCAUCGGAUCCGAUACCAUUAAAAUGUAUGACUUACGGGCGUAUGAAACGGGACCGUUUGCCACUUGGGUCUUGCGCGAUCCUUACACUCAACAAGGCAUGAAUGAGUGGACAAAGUUCAAAUUUACGAGGGACGGAAAGCAAAUCAUGAUUUCCACUGCCGGCAACUGCCAUUACAUGGUCGAUUCUUUCGAAGGAAACUUACAGCAGCGACUGGUCGGUCACAGUCCAACCCUUCCCGGUAAUGUCGGCGAAGCAGUGGGGCUUUCUCCAGAUGCCAAAUACGCAUUCUCAGGUGGAUCGGAUGGCACAAUGGCUAUAUGGGAUAUACAAAAUCCCAAUAUGGAAAACAAACCGUUGACAAAAUUGCAGACCCCUCAUCAACAAGGCAUCAGUGUUUUUGGUUUCAAUCCCUCUCUUCUUAUGAUGGUCACUGGCAAUGAAGACCUGGCUUUCUGGGAACCGAAACUGUGA